AUGAAGUGCUCAUCCAUCGCGCAAAUCGCCAUUGCGGCCAUUCCCGUCGCCAGUGGCUUCGCCAUCCGGGGUGAUGGCGUCCAGUGCCACACCGGCCCGGGCGCCGACUACGCCAGCCUCCGCGCAUACGCCACCGAGCAAGACAUUUCUCUGAGCUGCCAGGCACAGCUAGAGGACGAGACAUGGUACAAGACCUCUGACAACUGCUUCGUCUCCGCCGCGCACGUCCCCCAUGCACCUUCCAGCCUCGCCGCAUGCGAUCCCUCCUCUGAAGACGACGACUAUACGUCUUUCCUGCUUGAGCUCCGCGCCGAGGACGAAGCCGCCGCCGCCGCCGCCAUCCCCAGCCCCGUCACCAACGACUACCCGUACUCAGGCUCGUGCAGCAGCGCCGACCCGUGGGCGUUUUACAAGUGCGAGUGCACCAGCUUCGUGGCGUUUCGCGUAAACAAGCGCCUCGGCGUCAAGUUCACCAACCAGUACAAGGGCGCGCACUGGGGCGACGCCAAGAUCUGGGAUGAGGCGGCGCGCCAGACCAAGGUCCGCAUCGACAGCAAGCCCGUCCCCGGCUGCGUCGCGCAGACCAAUGCCGGGGCCGGCCACGUCGCGUGGGUGACCAAGGUGUCGGGCGACAAGGUCACGGUGGAGGAGUAUAAUUAUGUGCACAAGAAGGCGUACGGUACGCGGACAGUGGCCAAGAGCACGUUUAGCUAUAUCCACAUCAAGGUCUAA